AUGGCAGAUUCGUCCAGUGAUUCAGACAACUUCCUUAGGGCUCGAGUAGGAAGGCGGCCACCUUUGCGAGCAUCCCACGGCAGAGCUUGGAACUAUGGUGCUGAAGAAGUCACAGAGAAGAUCCACACUUUAGCAAGCACUUUACAGGAUGCCAACAGAAAUCUAAGACACGUUGACCAUUUGCUAGGACAAUACAGAGAAUACAACAAGGAACAAACCGAAGAAAUAGCAACUCUAAAAGAAACACUGGAACAAUCUAUAGGUCAUCUAAGGAGCCAACGAUUAAACCGAAACUCUGGAAUGAGAAGUGCUUCUCUCUCAAGCUUAUACCCUAGCGAUCUGGAUGGAGAAGGAGUGUCAGGGAACUGCCACUUCCUGCCUACUUCUCCUCUCAGGGACUAUGGAGACUCACAGGGCAAUAAACAUCAAAGAUCUAGAUCUGCAAGUGUUCGAUUUGUCCAUGAGGCAGAUAAUUUGGACCAGCUGCAUUCUUUCCACCAGUCUCUUCGAGAUCUCAGUAGUGAGCAAGUUCGCCUAGGAGAUGACAUCAGUCGGGAGCUUUCAAGAAGAAAUCGGACUGAUGCUGAAUUAAGAAAGACUCUAGAAGAAUUGUCUGCAAAGCUCACUGAGUCCCAAAGACAAGGAACGGUAUCAGAACGGGUAGAGAGAAGACUGCUGGAGAUAGAACAGGAAAUGCGUGCUGAAAGACAGCUGGUAGAAAGGCGCCAGGAUCAACUGGGACAUAUGUCUCUUCAGUUACAAGAGGCUUUGAGGAAGCAAGAUGCUAAACUAGAUGAAACGGAACUCAUGAAAAAUAAACUUGUGAAAUAUGAAAGAGAAAAGAACCAACUUGAGCAGGAAUUGGAGCAGUCCCGGAAACAGUUGAGUGAAUCAGAAGGCAGUAGAGAAGCACUUUUGCAUCAGAUUGAGGAUCUUCGUUCCCGACUCUGGAGAGCAGAGGAGGACCGCGUGGAGCUGCAACAGCGAAUCUCCCAUGGCGCUAGGCACCGCCACAGCCACCAGGACGCACAAGCUGAUGACAGGGGAAUUAGAACAGUUGCUGAAAGAUACGAGAGAGAGAAGCAAGAACUGGAGAAACAUAUUUUGGAGCUUAAGGCAAAGCUGAGUCAUGAUGCUGUCGUGUCAGAGAUAGAAGAACUGAAGAGAUGCAUAGAGCGUAAGGACAAGGAGAAAGCACAGCUUGUAACACACAUACAG